AUGGCGAUUGUGAACAGCCUCCAGACGAUGGUGGUGAGUAACUUGACCAUGGUGGAGAUGAGUAACCGCUACUACCCGAUGUUGAGUAACUUGACCAGGGUGCUGAGUUACCUGCAGUACCUGAGUACGAGCUGCUACCCUGAAACAUUUGGCUUCCGCCGGAGCUGCCUUGGUUACAUACAUACACCUCCUUUACCCCCAUCAACAGUUAUUUUACCUCCUCAACCACCUCUAGAAAUUUUUUAUUUCUUUAUGCUUCUCCCACCAAUCGCACCACCACCACCAACUAUUAUCAUCGCACCUCCACCUUCACUCCCGCCACCUCCUCUACCACCUCCUUCUGUUCGCCAAAACCUUCACAAUACUUCUCCACCUUUGCCACCUCCUUCAGCACCUCCACCUCCACCAAUAGUCAUUCCACCUCUCUUAUCACGUCCACUCCCACCAAUGUUCAUUCCACUGCCCCAACUUUCUUGUCAAGGACACUCACCUCCACCCCUGUCAAUUUGCAUUCCACCUCCUCCACAUUCCAGUCCGGGAAACUCACUCCCACCUCCAACAAUGUUCAUUCCAACUCCUCCACAGUCCUGCCCUGGAUAG